AUGUCAUCCAACAGCAUUGUCGAAUAUCCAAGAGAGUCGGCGCCGUUGCUGAACUCCCACCCCUCCGAGACAACAUUGGCAUACACCUCAAUCCACAACGAACCCGAAGUCGUUCCUCUUGACGAGGAGCUUAAUGUCUCCCGCGUGUCGCUCAUCAAGCAAGAAUCCUGGUGGCUGUUCACAUCCUCAAUCCCACUGUCAAUGUCGUUUUUUCUCCAAAGCUCGUUCAACUUUAUCAGCAUGCUUAGCGUCGGCAAGCUUGGCGUCAACGAGCUCGCGGCGACAUCAUUGAGUCUAAUGAUGAUAAACUUUCUAGUGCGCAUGCCUGGAAUUGGCCUUGCAAGUGCACUCGAGUCGUUCUGUAACUCGGCAUUCACAGCAUCUAGCGACAAGACGCGGGUGGGAUUCCAUACACGACGCGGGCUAUUCGCUGUCACUUUGCAGUUGAUCCCGACAACUGUUUUGUUCCUGUUUAUGGACCAGCUCCUUUUGCUGCUGGGCCAGACGCCCGAGGUGUCAAAACUGUGUGGGCAGUUUUUGCAUGUCUGGUUGGUGGGCAGCUGGCCCCUGUUGGCCUAUGAGUGUCUAAAGCGUUUUAUGCAGGCGCAGGGUAUUAUGAAGGCAAGCACAUGGGUGAUGGUCUUGGUCGCACCGGUGCAUACAUAUGCUAGCUACGCGCUUGUGUGGUCUCCAAGCAUGGGUAUGGGAUUCAUUGGUGCGCCAUUGGCCAUGGCAAUAAGCAACUGGUUGUUGUUCCUGGGUAUUACUGGAUAUAUUGUAUUUAGCAAGGCGCGGCACGCCUGGGGCACUUUCUCAUUGGACUUCAUUGAUGGAAUUGGUCAAUACUAUCGCUUGGCCAUUCCCAGUGCCGCAAUGAUGGCUUGCAGUUGGGCGGCGUUUGAGCUUGUCACAUUUGGCUCAUCCUUAUUUGGACCCAUUUCUCUGGCAGCCCAAGCGUGCAUGUUCACGGCAAUGUCGCUGACGUACCAGAUACCGGCGGCAAUUGGGUCGGCAACUGCCACACGUAUUGGCAACAUGCUGGGUCAAGGUAAGCACCGCCGUGCUCGCUACACAUCCUACGUAUCCAUAUUUACGGGAUACGUUGUUGGCGUUGUGUGCUCGACUAUACUCUUCACUCAUCGCCGCACUUGGGGAUAUUUAUUUACCGGCGAUGAUGACGUUGUUGUAUUGUGCGCCAAACUGAUGCCAUAUUUUGUUGUUGUGCAGAUGCACGAUGGCAUGAAUGGUUUGGUUGGCGGUAUUAUGCGCGCGUUGGGUAGACAGAGUCUUGGUGCGGCUCUGGCUUUCCCAUCGUUCUGGAUCAUGGGAAUUCCUUUGGGCUUUUAUCUCGGGAUAGGCAUGAGGUCAAGGCGUGCCUGA